CUAACUAACUCAACUCGACCCAACUCUGGAUAUUUCGGAAGCAUCCAAGGAGGACUUCUCCCCAUGGGAUGACAUACACGAACAAGCUUUUAGAGCCAACGCAUAAGCACAUCCGUAACAUGUUACGUUACAUUAAGUACUGACAAUACAAUAGCUAUACCUCAAACUUUCUAAACUGUACCGAACAAACAAUUUAAAUUUAUCUCUCAAUUCACAUACGAUGGCAGCACUUACCCGAAUAAUGGCGUAGGUCGCGCGACUACAAGCGCUCCAAGCCAAGUAUUGAAGGAAGGAAUUAUUGUAAACACCCAUAAAGCCAGAAAAUAGGAUAGAACUUUAGAGGUGUUGUGAUCACUUAAUAAUUAUUUUCACGUGUUUAUAUUUUAACGUACAAGUAACCCGUUUAGUCGUGGAGAUUGUCUUCAUAGUUCAGGACAAAUUGCAGCGUUUAUGGAAAUUCAGUUAGCACGUAACCUCUGAUCUAACCUCCUCUGAACACUAUCGUCUCAUUGUUUUUCGUUCUGUAUUUUAUAAAGUAUGUCGAACAGACACUUAUUUCUCAAAUCUGGAUUUCCACGUGCACCUCAUGGUCUUGGAAUCGGUCGUUAUGUGUGUCAAUUGCAAAGAAUUACUUUAAAAUUUUGCAAAAGCCAUGGUACAAGUAUGGGAAUAAGAGGCUUUAUCGAACAUGAUUUAGUUAAUUAUGCUAAGGAAAAUCCAGGGGUAGUUGUAUAUGUUAAACCAAGGAGACACAGGCAACCUGUUUUAGUCGCUGAGUAUCUGGAUGGCAGUAGACAAUGGAUGAAUGUCUCCAAUUACAAUCGAGAUGAUAUCAUUAAGUGGAUGGAAUUGUUACGUACACAAAUUAAUGAUAGUACUUCGUUCAGAUUGCGAAAGUUGUGGCACACGGAAUUUCCAUCGAUUCAAGGGCCAUGGACGCCAUUUCUGUUUAAGGAUCCGACGAGAAAUUUGGCGCAGUUUCCAAACAGGGAACUUGGUGCAGCUGUUAAAUUGGCUCCUACUGCUACAGAACAACUUAUCAAGUUGUUCAAAGCUCAACAAUUGUUGAAUAACACAACCAAUGAUUCUUUAGACACGGAACGUGUUGAGAGAGCAUAAUGUAUUUUCUAUUACGAAUUUUGUCUUACAGCCCAAAAAUUUACAGUGUAUAUAAGUAAUAUGAAAACUAGAAUUACGUGUAUCGUAGAUACGUAUCAAUCAUUUCGCAAAUCGUUGCGCAUAUGCGGUGAUUGACAAAAAAUCUCGAUAUCUCUCUCUAGAGUUUUAUAAAAAAUAGAAUUGAAAAAUUAAAUGUAAGGUAGCAAAGAUGUAAAUCCAAAUAGUAAAUAUACUUCACAGGUUAAACGUG